GUCUGAAAAUGAAGCGCUCUAAAUCCUUUGUCUGUAAGGUCGAUUUUAUUGCGUUCCAGCACCGUGCUAGCGCACUUAUGAUGUGUCGCAGUAACGACGGUGCUGCCGCAAUGUUUUUGCAUAAACGACAAAGCGAUAGGAGCGCAAUUGGCAAGGCCGACCUUGGGACGAAGACUCGGGACUAGUUAGCAACAGGAAUCGUUUUGUAAAAGUAGGUGCAAGUCCGAUGAAUUGCUGAAUUAGUCGAAGAAUACAACACUAGUUGGAAGAGGUCACCAGCGGUCACCUGCCAAGCGAGUCACCAGGAAAGUCAGUUCACAAUGGAGGACGUGGACCAGACACAAGCUCUGGUUCGCAAGAGGCGGGACUUUUUUGAUGCAGCGGAAGCGUGUUCGGGCAAAUACGGCGAUGACAAGACCGAGUGUCUGUGUGAGCACGGCGAGGACUUCUGGUGCGACCACUGGGAGAGCAGCGCUGAUUUCAGCGAGCUCGCGAUGGUCGUCUCGGCCGUCAUUGUCUUUUUGCUGUUUCUCUCCUGCCUGUUCUGCAUCUGCCGCCGCCGGCGGCGCGGCUUUGUCUUCCGCUCGCCGUCCGGCAGGACGGUUACUUCGACCACAUCUGUGGUUCAGCCGCCCCUCCAGUCGCACGGACCAGCCGCCUCGCACGUGCCAGGCACUUCCUUCUCCAGCCCGACGCAGAUGUGGCUCCCGCCGGGGGAGGGCGGCUUUCCCCAGCCGCCGGCGGGCUACUCGCAACCGUCUACGGGAUACCAGCAGCCUCAAAGCGGAUACCCACAGCAACAGGGCAGCUACCCACCCCAGGGCGGUUACCCACAGCAGCAGGGAGCCUACCCACCCCAGGGCGGUUACCCACAGCAGCAGGGAGGCUACCCACAGCAGCAGGGAGGCUAUCCUCCCCAGCAGGGAGGCUAUCCUCCCCAGCAGGGAGGCUACCCACCCCAGGGCGGUCACUCAUCCCAGGUCGGUUUCGCUCACGCGCCGCCCCCCUCUGGCGGAGCUGACCUGCCCCCACCGUACGACGCUGUCACCGGCCGCCAGCCGCCCUUCAACCCCAACUUCCAGGAAGGCGGCGACACGAAGCGGCCAAUGUAGAUGGCUGACCGUCGCUCUGUUGGCAGGGUCUGCCCCUCCCACCCCCAAAUACUACUCAGUCGGACCGGGGCGGGGACGGUGCCCGGCGAUACUGUCGUAUCUGUGAGAAGAGGACUCGUGCAGCCUGCUGUGGCUGGUUAUUGUGUGCGAUCUGCCAGAGCUAUGCUUGUGUGGUGCACAGCUCGCAGUGGACUGAAAAUCGGUUUCCUCUUCUCUGGGAGUAAAUUGUGUAUGCAGAAUGUAUUGUGCUUUCAAAAGAAUCCUCAAUUUCGUGUGCUGAGCAAGCAACGUUACCAAGCCUACUCACGAAGUGUCUGGCGAACCCGUCAGAUGCGCGCUUCCACUGCAGUUAUACUAUACAGUUAUAUAUAGUAGGUUCAUUGUACUGCGUUCCUGUUGAAGGACUCCAUAUACGUGCUGAUGAGACACCGAGUCCCUGCUUGGUGCUUAUUGGGGUGUACGUCAUCUUUGGAUCGGUUUUAUGGAUGAACAUGUGCAUGUGAGGAUCGAAGGAGGUCGCCAUUUUCAAUUUAUAAGCGUCACGCUUUCUUUUCAUCGCGUAUCGGAAGUGUCACGCUUUCAUGCUGUCGUAAGUUUGAAGAACACAUUGAACCAUUUUAGAUUGAACCGAAACAGGGAUCCUAUGCUUAGUUUGUUGCGUAGCACCAGCCUGGGGUUCAUGUAGGGAUAGUACUUUUUAGUACUUUUUCCUUUUUCGAGAAACAACAGUCGCUAAAACUAAAAGAAGCAGUAUAAUCACUUCUGAAAAAGUACUAUCCCUACAUUUUAGAUUGGACGUGCUGUGUGGUUGAUAUAAGUCACACUCGUCGCCAGUCGGGCUGUGGCUGACUUCCAUAGGUACCCUGGAAGGGCGAAGGUUGUGGAACGGGCUGCUCGUGUUAGGUUAUGUAGGGUUGCACAGGUCCAACGCCUCUUGGCUGCCGGUACUGCCAAGGGAGGCAUAAAAGCCGGGACUCAGUGUGGCUUACGUGAUGUCCGCUAAUACGCUGUUGAAUCUCGUGGCAAAUGUUUAAACAUGAAUACAUAGACGGAGCUUUUGAAACAG